CAAUGACAAAAAUCUUAAGGGCUCGACUGCAUUAAUACUGGCAUCGAGAAAUGGAUAUGCAGAAACAGUAGGAUUGCUCUUGGAUUACGGUGCGAUGGUCAAUGAAAUGAAUAAUGAUGGAUGCACUGCAUUAAUGUAUGCGGCAGACAGAGGUCACAUAGAAACGGUCGAAAUGCUUAUUGACAAGGGAGCUGACAUAAAUCGCGCAAGUUCUAACGGAAGUACUCCAUUAAUGUAUGCAGCAUUAAGAGGUCAUGUAGAUACGGCCGUACUGCUGGUUGAGAGUGGAGCGGACGUGAGCAAGAAAAACUUUGAUGGCUUGACUGCACAUUGGCUUGCGAUGAAAACAGGUCACAAAGAUAUGGCCGCCUUGCUUCUUCAGUAUGGGGAUGACGUUCAUGGAAAGCCUUUCCACUUGGACUUCUGAGAUCUUCGUAUCUAAACAUUGUCAUAGAAUAACAAUUGAUUUCACCCCAGUACAGGUUGACAGCGGUGGGGACGUUGAUAAAAGGAAUCAUUAUCCCGGUGAUGCUGCUGAAAUGUCUGCCUUGCAUGGCCACAAGCAUUGACGAACCCGCAAUUUGGAGUAGCGCAAGUUUGUGACAUCUUUGGAGUUCCUUCACUUUUGCCAUUAGUAACUCAUGAAAAGCUCUAAAGGUACAGAACACAUAGUUAAAAUUAUUUGAACGGAAAGUAAACUAGCAGCACACUGUUAAGGAUUUGAAUCUAUAGUGUGAUGGCGUGUUGUUUGGAGAGUAUUUCAGGAGAUGUUGUUAUUAAAUGUUUGAUAUCUUGUGACGUAUUGCGUGAAAGGGAUAUAUGACGUAUUAUUAUUGUAGAGUGUGGUCUUGAAAGUAAUGGCAGUUGAAGGUGUAGCUUAUUUGUAUUAAAAAAAUAUUUUAUUGUAAGAAUAUAUAGCUUGUGUAGUGAAGAAAUUAAACCCCUAGAAAGAAAGAAGCCAUCCAACCCUUGGGAAGAAUCGGGUUCGUAACACACCCAUAAAGGCCAACACGGUGGACCGCAUCUCUACUACGUGCAGUCCUGCUGAAUAAUAAAAAAAAAUAUGAUUUCAUGAGUGCUAACAUGCUUAGCCAUGAUACGUAAUCAUGCAUUUGUUACUUUUACUUAUGGAUGAUUUCAGGCAAAGUUUACAUCCUUGUCCAUUGAGAUUAAUUGAUCUUUUCUAUAGAAUGAUAUCGUAUUACUUUCUUUGAAAAAGACCCCGUAAAAAAAAAGGAGGGUGGUAACCCAGGAGGACCAGAAGACCAAAUGCAAAGAACAAUGGAGGGUGACUUGUGGAAUAAAGACCUGUAGCUAUCAACUGGGUUUGUUAAGUUUUUACGUUGCUCGUAUAAAGCUUGCUUUAUUCAUAGUUUAGUAACGUACAGUGGUCGCUGAUUUUUUACUGAUUAUUUAUAUAAAAAUGUUCCAUUUUCUGAAAUAAGAAAACCUUGCGACCCUGCUACCUACAUCUCGAUCUGAAGUUCCUGUUAUCGAUGAAGCCAUUAGUGAAUGAAUGCAUAUAUUUAUGUUUGUUAAAUGUUAAAUAAAUUGGAAUUCGCUAACGUUAAUACAAAUGUUGUUACUAUAUGUUUUAAUUGAUUUAAUUAUUAUGUUUACGCCAUUUUUAAAGAAUAUGCUUAUUUGAGCUGUAAGUGUUAAUUUGAAUGGUAUGUUCUUAUUGGAGUGGUAAGUGCUAAUUAAGUGGUAUGAGGUCAGUAUUUGCUAAUUUGAGUGGUAAGCGCUGGACUUGAACUUGCUUUAGAAAUAAAGUGUUUCUUGUCUACAUCUUUAUAUUUUCAGAUUUCAAAACUGCUUGCCUUUGCCUUUUAAGAUUAUCUAGGCUAGACAUCAAAGUAUAUUUUCCCCAGAAAUGACCAAAAGAAAAGACAUUUGAAAUUAAAAUACUACUACUUAACAUGGUCUCUAAAUCCUUACAAAUGACAAUGGAAUAUUUUAUGUUCCGUCUAGUACAUCGUUUUGAAUUUUAAAAAGAUGCUUAAAAAAUUAGUUUGGUUUUAAUGUUAUCAACACUUAUCGACUUGUCAAUGGGGCGACUGAUUUUGCAGUGAUUUGUAAAUUGCAUUUUAGUUGCACUCUUAAAACGAUUUGAAUGUAAUUUUUUUUUUUAAUAUCUGGAACGUUUUACUGAUCAUCGCACCAUAAAAAAUUAUGAAUGCGGAGGGUAAAAUAAGUUCACACCCUAUAAUCUUAAUAGACAAUUUCGGUGACAUUGUCAAAAAAUGUUUUAACGUCUAUUUCACUGAAUGAUUAAAGGUGACGCAUGGGAUGUGUUAAAAUGCAAUAUCAAAGUCUUUAUGUGAAGUGUCAUUUUAUCUGCACUGACAUCUUUCAAAUGACUAAAUCAUUCCUACAUUUUUCAAAGAUCGUUUACUAUUUUUUUUUCCAUUGCUUCUUUGUUUAAAUAAAAACUUUAUUGAAGAUAAAAAAAAAUAUGCCGAUAAUAUUAUAGAAGAGUACACACCUAACUGAAUACCCGUGCUUCAGCUACCAAGUUUUACUGCAUCACAAAUAAAGUAGGAUGUAAUUCUUUUUUUUUUAAAUCUUGUCUUUCCGUGUUUUGAUAAGAGUAGAAGUCUAAUGAAAAUAUUGAUUUCUAUGGGAGGGCUUUGGAAUUGAAAGGCAAUUCCGGCUCAUACCAGCAAGAAGCCAGUAUAAGAACUACUCAUUCCUGCCCAAGACAAUCAAGGACUGGAACAAGAUUUCAAAAGGAUAUGUUGAGGCGACAACAUUAGACACAUUUGCGUCUUCUGCCUCAGGACUUCCAAUGCCCAGUACAUGAUACCUUCACUAAGAAGCGAUGGCAAACAGUGAUAUAUCCUCAUCAACACCAGGCACAGAAACAUUGCAAAUCCCCUCUGUGUGCAUAGGAGCCAAAAUGAUUAAUAAAUUGAUCGUGGGCCCUUAAUAUAUAGAAGAAGAAGUUCAAGCUUUUGGAUACUGAUGCAGUAACAAUCAUCUCCAUGGAAGGACAUAAAAGGAGGGUAGUUGAGGUCACCGGAAGCACGAUGCGUUUUGUAAAUCCGCAUGAAAUUUGUGUCUGCUGUAAAGAAUCAUUUCUCACUUUUUGAAAUCAUGAUCCACGAAUUACCAAAGCAUAAUGUCGAAUUGCUAUUGCUUGGGCUGUUAAAUAGACCCCCUAUAUCACGACUGCAAGUUAUCUGGCACAUUGAUCACGGCCCUAAACUUUUUUCAUUGCUAUUUCAAAAUCUUUUCGGUACGGUUUGUAACCAUGCAGCAGUUAAUUAAGCUUACCUUUAAAAAAAAAAAAAAUUUUGGGAAUAAGAUGUUCCUUAAUCCCAUCCAGGGCCUUUUAAACGACCGCCCUUAGAAAUUCGCGGUAUUCAAACUAAGUCUGCCACAUCACUGACCGUGAAGAUGGUUCCGUCAAUGAAAUUUCCAAGUAAGGCUUUAAUCUGUAGCCUGGUGCAGUUACCAAAUUUUGGGAGGAUAUCAGAUUGCGUAACAACAUGUUUAAAUAAGAACUUUCAGAGACAGAUAACGUGGUGAAAUCUCUAUUAGGUUUAAUGUAUGAAUGAACUCUAUCAGGCAGUGAGCUCCAUCAAGUUACUCAAUUAUGGGGUCAGCAGAUUUAUAUUUCACUAUCUAAAUAGGACGCUGAUCCAGCAAAUGUCAUUAAUAGUUGAUGUGAUUUUUGUGUGUGUAAGAAGAGCUCCUUCUUUUAAAGCGUGCGUCGACAUGCCUUGAAAAUCAGGAGAAUUCAAGAAAUCCAUUGGAUAAUUGACAACGCCGUCUUGCAGUAUCGAUGGACUUAUACGUGGUCGCUACACCUGGGAUUUCAUUUUGAAUGCUGAAGCUAAUGGCACUAACAUCGUUGUUUUCUGCUACUAAUAUAGCACGUGCACUGAGACACUGAUGAGUUUUUGUAAUUGUGUGCGAUAUUUGAGAAACGUUGUGAAUCGAUUCGUUAGUGGUUGCAGUGAUUUUACUGAAGUUUUCUUUGCAAUGUGAAACAUUGUGUGGAUUCAUCGAUUGUCAUUUUCCCUUUCACAAUGUCCAACAAUGGUGUUAUAUUUGUCUUCAAAAUCAAUUUCUGUCCGUUUCGCCAUAAAACUGAUGAUUCGACACAUACAUUUAUUCAUAAGCUUCUGAUGAACGUGGUAUAACUGAAAGAUUUUGCUGAAAAUCCCAAUACAAUAAAAUAAUUGCACCACCGAAGAAAUGUUCAAUGGCUCCCAAAAGUUUUAGUGUACGAUGAAGCGCUCCCAAAGCUUUUUAGUGCGCCAUAGUAAAUUCAUUCAAUAAAUGAUAAUGCCCUCCGCCGCUUUCGCUUGUAAAUGCAUGUAUAAUUAUAUGGUGCGCCACGCGUUGAUCUGGAACAUUUGCCGUGAGAUAUGUUUGAAUGAAUAUACCUAUUUUUCGACAUAAAAAGUGUGAUUGUCGCUGCAAAUCAUGAUGAGAAAUGUUGUUUGAAGAUUGAAUGACAAAAGUCUUUUUCCAAAUUUCCAGGGCCUUGUUAGUGAUUGCAAAACUUAUGUCCUCAAGCAAAACCAAUGCCUCUUUAUAAACGUUUGGGGUUAAUGAAAUGUCCAGAUUUCGAUUCGUUGCACGCUUAUGAUGUAGGAUGUUUUCAAUCAUGUAGUCUUUGUAUUUUUCGCACAUAUCUUUUGAAUUCGAUGGGAAGCAUAUUCCCAAUAUGAUUUCAAGUAAUCUGCAUAUUAGCUGUUGGUAAGCAGUAUUCGAUGCAUCAGUUAGUGAACUAUUUUAAUGUGAAUCGUUUUCCCGAAGAUUUAAUUCUUGGCAAGAUAAGCGGCCCAUACUUGACCAUUUACUGUUGGAAAUUCUUUGAAGGAUGUCGGUACGUGGACUAUGUUUCACAUGCGUUGAUUAAAAGAAAUCGCAACAAAAAAAAAAAAAAGCAUUCUGCACUGUUUGGGUGAACAGUGUACAGACGACCUACCUGGGUGAACAGUGUACAGACGACCUACCUGGGUGAACAGUGUACAGACGACCUACCUGGGUGAACAGUGUACAGACGACCUACCUGGGUGAACAGUGUACAGACGACCUACCUGGGUGAACAGUGUACAGACGACCUACCUGGGUGAACAGUGUACAGACGACCUACCUGGGUGAACAGUGUACAGACGACCUAUGGCGUCGGUCGAAUAUAAUUUGAUGCCCUUUAUCUGCACUUCCUUGUUUGUGACGUUAAAAGUUUGUUUGCUAACGCAUUCCAUGUGUAGUAUGUUGGCAGUUCAAGUUUAAAGUAACGACUUUACACACAUAUAUAUCCGAGAAAUCAGUUAACGUUGUUGGCUGUGGUGACACAGCUCUUAUAUGUGCAUUUUCUGCUUUGAGGUACGCGCACGCUAUCCACCUUUAAUGAGCAUUGCAAAAAUGAACAACUGUUGGAUGUCGAUCAUUUAUUGAAAAUUAUAAGUUGCACAAUAAUGCUUCUUUGCUGCUAAUGUAGUGAUCCAGUUGUUAUUAGUAGAUUUUAUGGAUGGAUGCAGUUGCAUUUCCCACUCCAAAAACUGCCAUAUGGCUCCUUUGUUAAAAUAUUUACAAAUGUACGUGAUCGAUUUCAUCGAAUUGCAAUUGUUAGGCACUGGCUUCUCUUGUGAGAAAUUAAUCUCAUAUUUUAAUUGUAUUGGCUUGUUGUAAACAGUGCCUAACAAAGGACGAUACCAUAGAGUCAACAAUAUUAAAGAUAGGACACCCAAAACAGUUGCUAGUUACAAUUAAUAAGAUUUAUUUAAGUCUUAAUAUAAUUACAAAAGAAAAGAAAAUAUAAUGACAAUCAUCAACUAACAGUAUGGUAGCUCUUGUACCGGAACACAGUUAACACAGAUAGUACAAUGUGUCAAUGAAUAAUGAUGAAUAACGAAUGCGAAUAAACACAUAUAAAUACACAAAGAAUAAUACGGGUCUCGUGAAGCUCAAACUAUCUAUCUGAAUCUCCGUCUCUCCGUAUCUGUCACUCCCUUAAAUACAUGUAGCGUAAGACGCUUCCAGAAAAGAAUUAUGACGUGUUUUUUACAUUUCUCGGGUUAUCGAGAACAUUCGACAAGAUACUAGGAGACACUCUAAACAUAUUUAAUUGGUAAACACGGUUGUAAACAAGAUACAUCAAAGAGAUUUAACCACGCCCACAACAAACGUUACCGUCUGCUAGUAGUUUAAUGUGGAAUCAAAGAUAGUUCACGCACGGGGAAUGUGUGCUACAUAACACAAUACUCAACAAUGAUGUGUGAUUUUUACGUUUCCGAGUGUAAUGGGGAAUACGGUACAACCGAAGUAUUUUCAACUUUAACACCGUUGUUUUGCAGUGUUAAUGUGAUGUUUUUUCCACCAUUCUUCAGUUGAUUAAUGACGUCAGUGUGAAUAUCAAUCAUUGCCAGUGAUAGCCUCCAUAAAUAAGCCUCUUUGGUAUCGUUUCGUGCAUUUGCCAUCAGAAAUGAAGGUGAAUUUUUUUGAGUAGGCCCCAUAGAUCAUGAAUGAUUUUUUGUUUUUUUGGUGUCGACUUUAAAUAAGUAUUGAUCAAUGUCGACAUCUGGCAUAUUUUCUGAGAUGAAUCAAAUUUAUCUGGUGGGAGUUUUUCCUUCAACCAAAUUAAAAUGUUUGCAAGUGGCAAUGCUCUUUUUUGCUCUUUAAUAGAAUACAUCCUACAAGGUGUCUCUCAAAAAAAAAGCGAUGCUUGAAAAGGAAAUCUAUUAAAGAUUUCAAUUUUUUUUUAAACACGCGCAGAAAUAUCAUGAAUAUCCGAUUAUGAUUGUUCAGUUAACAAAAAUAUUUGUAUUCCAUCUGAAUUGUGCGGAUUCAUGCAUGUGCCGUGGACCCCCUGUAAAUGUGGCCAUUUUUCCAAAUUCAUUGUAUUCACAUUGCCAUCAUUAACAACAGCAACACGUAAAUGAAUGUACUAUUCGGAAACUAACUUUGGUUUGAUAUAAUCGCUUAUAGAGAAGUCGUUCGGUUUCAAAUUUCGCAUACAUAUCGACAAUGUAUUGAUGGAACAAUUGUCGACAUUUCAAGAUAGAAUUUUCAGCGUUUUUACUAAUUAUCAUUCCAUAUAAAUAGUAAUUCAUGGCCCUAACUUUCUUAUACUUGUCCUCACCUGUUUGUUGAUAUCUCAAUUAGAUGUAGAAAUGAUAUCCAUCUUCUCCUUGCCAAAAAAAAAAAACAAAUGGAUAUUUCAAUCCGUCUUAUGAGCGAUGAGUUUCUGAGACUCGCUUAACAUCACCAUUUCUUCAAUGAAGAAGACCAUUUUGGGUGUGCGCACAACUCACCAAAUUUGUAUCGCCAUUGGAUGAAUGGUGUAGGAAAGCAUACGUAAAUUAUAUAGCUCAUUUUAAAAAAGGAAUUUAGAGCCCCCCCGCCAAAAACUGAAAAUUUAAAAUGAUUGCAUCAAUUCGGAAAAUUUUGCCAUCGCGUGGGCAACAACUCAUCAACGUUUGCUCGCAAUCAAAUGAAGGCUAAAAGACCGCAUACGGAAUAUACGACAUACAAACAAGGAAACAGUUUAUUAAUAUAAAUAUAGUUGUCUCUUAUUUGCACUUUGCGUCUCGUGUGUCCUUGUUUCUUUUCCUUAAUAUGCAUUUUUGUUUUAAUUUAUGUAAUUGUAUGUGAUUUAUCAUUUAUUAACACGCGGUUAUGUCAAUGGUUCAACUUCUGGCGAAAACACGUUGAAUAUUUUCCAUUAAAAAUACAUUUUUUACAGCAUACCCAAAUACGUCCCUAACAAACCACAUAGCAACAGCUACACAUUAAAUCAUUAAUAUUCCUCCCUUCCUUGAAAAUCAAGACAAACAGAUUUUGUAAUGAGGGGAGGGGUUGUGCCUAAAAUGUAAUAGAGAGUGUUGUCAUCGACAACAAGUCUAUUUGCGAUAGGAUGAAGGAAAGUGGGUCAAAAGCAUUACGAAGAUUUCGCCACCGGGAAACAAAGCAACACAUGAACAAAAGCGAGUUAAUAAAAACGAUUUUAAAAGUGGUAACUCCGAUCACUAAAUUAUAUUAACAGAACUCCUACCGAAACAUAGCAUUUACUCAAAUGCACAUCAAAAAAAAAAAAUCAAAUUAAGCUUCAUGAAAUCUGUACAAAUUUACGGUAUUGUUUAAAAGCCCAUGGCUAGUCCAAAGAAACUGAUUUAACAUCGUGCUUAAAGGGGAAAUAAACUUAUUCUCUCACAUAACAACACGUAAUACAGGCCCCUGAUACAGUAAAACAUUACCAGCUGACAAGAUGUAUCACAAAUAUCGGUUAACCUUUAUUACGCCACACUAGUCAAGGUGUUUUAAUGGUAUGCAAUCAUUUGUGUCGCGAAGGAACGGGAACGGUUAAAUUGCUUUUCAAAUAAAGUUGUAGAGGGACUAGAGGAAUUCAGUCAAAAUAUUUGACGAAUGUGUACGUUAGGGAUUUCGGAUUUACUGUAGACCUACGUGAUUCAUGCCAAACAGUGAAGCUCAAAACCGUUGUUUUUGUUAUCACAUGCCCAACCCGAAUAGGACUUUCAUUCUGGGAGGAGCGGGGAAGAUUGGCGGAAUUGUUUACAUCUGCCACCAGCUAUAUAACGCUUAGGUGAUCUUACCACGACUUGCUCCAAUUGUUCAUACACUGUCUUGUUUUUAUGUGCCCAAGGAAAUACAAUUUUAACAAUUUUAAGAAAUUAAUUAUUCUCAAAGUAAAUCAAAAUAUCUAAAGAUAAUUUACUAUUUAAAGUGACGAUUUAAAAAAAAAAAGCAUCAUUAUUGUAAAUAAAUAUACAGGGCAACGAGUGCAUGUGCAAUCAAAGAAAAUUACAAUAUUAGCAAAACGUUACAGCUGGUUAACAGAGGAACUUCGGAUGCUUGUUACCUCUUUGCUAUAUGUGGGUCGGUUGUGUUGUGACCCUAUCUUUUAAGUUUGGUGUCACAUGUAUGAAGAUUUAAGCCCAGCAAUGUAUUUGUUGAUUAAUUAGGGUAUCUGUGUUCAGGUCAUCCACUCGCAACAUACAGGGGAUCUCACAGCGUACAUUGGAGCAACCCUAUGACGUGACAAUUUGGUUUAAAAAUCGCAUCACGUUUACAUUUGUCGAGGUGCAUUUGUCCAAGGGAAAAAAGGGGUAUGCACUUUAAAAAAAAUAUAAACAAUUAUUCCCAUAAAUCGGGUAUAUAAAAACCAGAAAUCCACGCAGGAGCUUAUGCGGAACAAACAAACAAAUAAACGACAAACACAAUUUAGCAUCGUUACAAUUUAACAUAUUUAAAUCAGGGGCGUCAGUACAGUUUUUUUUUUCCAGGUGGAAAACUUGGUCGGAUUGUUAAGUUGUUUAUUACUGAAGGCGUCACAGGAAAUAGAAAAUGUUUAAAAGCCUGCACAUUCAGGGUGGUUGGUAAAUGCUCACCCUGCCCUACCCAAAUACUUCGUAUGCUCACCCUGCCCUACCCAAAUACUUCGUAUGCUCACCCUGCCCUACCCAAAUGACUUCGUAUGCUCACCCUGCCCUACCCAAAUACUUCGUAUGCUCACCCUGCCCUACCCAAAUACUUCGUAUGCUCACCCUGCCCAACCCAAAUGACUUCCCUGUGUAUUUAAUCUAUUAACUUAGAAUUAACAUCAUUGUUAAUUUGUUAUCUUUUGCGGAAAAACGUUUUGCGAAAAAAGGUGACGGAAAUUGGUGGCGGCAAAACAGCGGCGAUGGCGAUUCGUCAAAGAUCCGAACAGCGAUCGGCCAUGGCGUAAAUAGGGUUAGUGCCAUUCAAGGACUUAACGAGAUUUUUGAAGCGCUCCCCCACAAAAACAAAAAAAUUAUCUUCAAUUGGCCGAAAAUGCCACCCUUUGAUAUCGAUAUAAAAGCGAAAACAAAUAUUACAUAUUCAAAAUAAAAUUGUUGCCAGUUUACCAAAUAAGACCAGACGAAUGUAUGACUUAAGUUGGAAUAAGCACUUACACAAAACAACAUCGGGAGAUUUUCUGUGCGAAGACCAUUAUUUCUCAUAGCACUGCUAACAUUUUUUUUUUUAAACUAGAGUGUUUCCACAGGCUUCACUUGAUUUCCAUAGCUUUCACGACACAUCCUGGUGUAACUAGGCCACCAGCUCUUCUUUUUGUAGGCCAUAGUAAAGCGGGAAGGAAUACAAUCGGCCUUACACGCUGCAAUUAAUGAGAUUUCGUGGUGUGUGUUAUCUAGUGUAGAAAGUAAGGCCAUGUCGUACAUUUGAGUGUGUUCGUUGUUACACGACUCCAAGACAUAAACGAUAUGAGUUUGCAAUUCAGCUUGAAAGGUGAGGCUUGUUUAAAAUAACAUUAUAAGUAUAGGCCUGCGAUAUUUGGUGUUUUUUUUUUUAAAUAUACAACAACUUAAGUAAUAAUAACUUAAGAAAAGAAAUACAUUAAUAGGUCAGUUAAGCAUCGUUACAUUAACAAGCAUCAAAUAUGUGUUUGUUUGUUGUUUAAAUUGAUUUUGAUAGAUUAGAAAGUUAUAUAUUUGUAAACAGUGUAUCAUUUGCAGCCCCGAUAUAAAUGGUGGUGCAGAGUUGAACAGUAAAUCUAAAGUGGAAAAUGAUUUGUAAAAAAUUAUCACAUCUUAAAAACAAGGAAGGAACGUUGCCUUCCCUGUUACCGUCGGACACACACUCUUUACAACAUUUUUAAAACUAUAAAUGAGUGACCCUGUUAUGCCAAAUUUCAAAGGCGAUAAGACCAAAUGCUACAAAGGUAAUACGAAAGCGUGAUCAAUGUACCACGUACACACAAUCUCAAUGCUUGAGAGUAUUGACUUUAUGGUAAAUUAUCAUUUUAUAGCGAUACGUUAGGCGUUAGACAUUUUCAGCGAGUCGAGUACAACUGUUACACUGUGACCUAGUUAUCUAUAGCAUAAAUCGUAAAAUAACCGUAGCAUUGGUCGGUAAAGGUACUGGUAAAGUCAUGCACUGAGGCCUUAAAUUCUAUCCUAACUUAACUCUCUGCAGUACUUAUAAUAAGUACCAUAGAUUUUGUGGGUGGUUUAUUUAUUUUUUAACUUUUUUUUUUUAAUUGAAAAAAAAUUAUUUAUUAUAUUUUAAUAAGUUGUUUCAUUGGCUUAAGUAUUUGUAAAAAAAUUAAAAUUAUUACAAAAUUUGAAAUUACUAUUUAAAAAAAAAAAUUUUUGGAAACUUAUUCAGCUCGGAGUAUCCCUUGAAAGCUUCGCAGAUUUAAAAAAAAACAAAAAAAUAUAAGUCUCACAAAGAAAAUUAAAUAGUAGUAUGGAUAUUGUCAAAUUCAAAUGAUUUUAAUUUCCCGAUUUAUCAAGGAGUUAUUUGUUUGUCUAAAGUAAUGUAUCCAAAUGGAGACUCUAAUCAUGAAAUUUAUCACGAUUUGCAUAUAAAAGUACCGACUAAUGCUAUCGUAAACAAGUAAGCUUAAUUUUAAUUUUGAUUUCCCGACUGUAAAAUUAAUAAUAAAACAAUGAAGUGAUAUUUUUAUAAUAAUUUUAAUUGGCUGAAGUAUAUAUUAUCCAUUUAUACUUAUAUUGAUAUAUUCUAUUUGAAUUUUAUUGAGUUUCAGUAAUUAUAAAUAAAUAAAUAGCGUCGCUAUGCGAAAUAAAUAUUUAAAAAAAAUAGCGGAAAAUUUCGGCCGAUUGAAACUUGGGAGUCGCUUAGUCACUUCCUUGUUUGGUCACGUGAUGUGAGUAAGCCAUCACUAGGCUGAUACACACAACAAAAGAUACUUCAUCAGUGCUUCCCCAAUGUCAUGUUAAUUAAAAAUUUUACCUUUCGUAAUAUUAUGGAAUGCACGCGUUUUUUUUAAAUGAAAUAAAUAAUUGUGACAAUAAAUAUACGUCAGUUAUAAUUAAAGGAAGAAAGUUAUUUCAAGAAAAAUUUGUGAACAAUAUUCGAUGGGAACUAUCAAUACUAUUAUCGGCAGGAUGUUGUUGAGCUCCGUGCGUGCUCAUGACGUCAUUUGCGUUUUUAUUCAAUAUUGAUGCAGGAGUCAUUCCCCUUUGUUUAUUUUAUUGUUAAUUUUCAUUGGACGAAAUGUAGUGUAGUUGUAGUGUGUAUCGGGCUACUGUUGUCAAGCACUAGUGUGUUGUAUACAAUAUACCGGAAAUCUUACUCGUUUUUACUCACAUCAUGUGACAAAAUAAUUGACUAAGUGACUUCCAAUUAAUAAAUUUAAAGUUAAGGACUUCUGAGUUAUUAAAUAUUAACUAGAUCUAAAUAUAUUUCUUUAAAAUAUGGUACAGCCAAGAAUAAUCUUCUAAAUUUUCUAAUAUUGCAUAGUAGAAAUGUGUUUAAAAUUUAAUUAUCAUUAUCGCUAGUCACUAGUAUUAGUAGAGACUACUGUCGGCAGAAUAAAAAAAAAAAAUUACGUUUUUAUUAAAAGCUCUCUAACUCUAAUGGGAAGGAGGAGAGAGCGACAAAAAUGCAGGUAUUGGAUCAAGAAGCAGUUAUUCCUUAUUGAUCCUAAAUAUUUAGCCUGGACUCCACCCUUUUACUGAGUUACAGAGUUACUGGAUGAAUAUCUUUGAAGAUUUUACCCUUAAAAUUAAAACAAGUGGUGGUAAGUUUUAAUCUAAUCACUUUGUAGCAAAAUGCAUACAGAAUAAACUCACAUUAUUGUUACAACAUAUGUUAUAAUGUAUUUUCUAUGUACAAUGGUUUACUUUUAUACUAAUUUAGGCAUUUGGACUAGGAUUAAUGGUAUUUUCCUUUACUGAUAGCAUACAAUUACUGAUACCAUUAGUCAUUAGUGUUAAUUUAUUUAUGAAUCAAUCAAAUUUUUUUUUCACAGGUUCUUUAUUGAGUGAAUAUUCUGUAGUAGUGAAAAAUCUUACCUAAUCUUAUGUAGAAAUCAAGUCCAGGACAAGCUCUUAUUUAUCAAAUAUAAUUAUUAUAAUAAAACUGCAGACUGUUUUAAGAAAUAAUAUUUGUUCAGAGUCCAUAAAUAUAAUUAAGGAAUACUGUGUUUAUCAGCCUGUGUUAUGUGAUGAUUAUAACAAAGAUAUAUAAAAAUGCCGGUACAUGGGAAAAAAUAGAUCACAUUAGUGAGGAAUGGAUUGUAUUUGACAUUAAUAUCAAAUUAGCAUUAUUGUACUGAAACAUUUAAUUUUUUUAAAACUUUAACGUCAGCGAAUACCGCUAUUUUAAAAUAAAAGAAAAAAACCAUUGACUCUUGUUUUGAGCUAUUUAUAUAUUCAUUAAAGUUUACUUAGUUAUCUUUUACUCAAGAAUUAUUAAGAAAUAUAUUUAAUAUACAAAUCUAAAAGCUAUGAGGCCCAUUUUUUAAAAUAUAUUUCAUACAAAACAUAAUUUUAAUUAAAAGAAAAAUUAUAGAGCAUUUUUUUAGGAAAAAAAGACAAAAUAUAGGUCUGGCUAAAAUGUUGACAACUUUUUGAUUGUUCAUAGAAUUUUUGUCAUGUUUGACUAUGAAUUGUAUUAGAUGAUGAAGUAUUUUAUUUAAAUAAAUUUUAAAUCUUUUAUAACAGGGAUUUUUUUUUUCCUUCAUACUGUGUGAAAACUUUGUCAAAACUUUGCAUAAAUUGAAAAGAAAUAAUUCUCCAAUAAUGUUUGAAUUAUUUUUAAUAACUAAGAAAAUAAAAUAUACAAAAAAUAUCUAAUGAUAGCUGAGUCAAAGAUGAACAAGUUAAUAUAUUUAACUGAUCAGAUCAGAGCUAUUUCAGAUCAGUUAAUUAAUUAUUUUAAAAAAUCACCUUAAGAUUUUUAAGAAAUGUGAAAAAAACGUCAGACUAGAGCAUAUGUGGCUCUGGGUUGACUAGGCUUCACCAGUGUUCCCUUUCCGAAAUUUUAUCAAAAAGGGGGGGGGGGAAAUUUCUGUCGGCCAGGAAGGAGGAAUGACAUAUUUCUGCGCCAAAAUUUGGCUUAAUGUUGCACGGAGUCAGUUCUGACUUCAUCGUCGCAACCACUAUGCUGUUUUGUAGAAAAGGUCUUUUGAUUUUAUGGCUAUAAAAAACUGAAUAUUAUAUAAUAAAUGUUAUAGAAAUGGCACACUUACCCAGAGAAGAAAGGAUAUAUUUACAAAUGGCAAGAAAUAUGUAUAUGUCUGUUAUUAAUUAAUCUAUUUAAAAUUGAAGCAGUAAAAAAAAUUUAAAAAAUCAGAAAGUUUUUGGAUUUGCAAAAUACUAUAAAUUCUUUAGAUAAAAUACAAAUAAAUGACAUGAUGGUAAAUUAAAAAUCAAACAUUUUUUAUUUAAUUAAACACAUUUCAUCUUACACAAAGAUAAAACAAAAAGAACAAAAAUCAAUUAUUUUUUAAAAAAUUUGAUGAAUUUUCCUAAAAUUAGUGCCAAAAAAUUAAUUUACAAAUCGAAAAACUUAUGAUUUGUAGGAUUUCGGGAAGCUUGGUAAAUCUGGUAUCAAAUAAUCAUCAUGCAGGAAAAUCUGAAUAACAUCCAUCAAUCGCAUUUCAAAUUUGUUUGAUGCACACAUCUAAGAUAUAAAGCUCAAUGAGAUUAUAUAAGUAAAUGAGUCGAUCAAUCACAAGGAAGCCUAACGAUUGAUCUCAACUAAAUUUGACAAAGCCAUUCCUCCUGACAUACAGAUGGUUCCUGGAAAGUUUGGUCUUAAUCUCCUUAUCCCAAAAGCUAAAAUGUAAAAAUACGUAAAAUGCAAAGGGUGAAAAAAUAAAUGUUAUUUUCAUACUGAAUGGCUACCAGGGAUGUUUAAGUUAAGUUAUUUUUGGCGUGCGCAUUUUUCAAAAAGCCUUUAUUUAGAAUUGCCCGCUUUCAAAAAUCUAUUCAAGGAAUUUAUCGGUGCUCUUUUGUUUGGUGCUUGCAUAUUUUAAAAAAAUCAAUCUUUAUUCUAUGUUUUAAAAAAAAAAUAGGACAUCAGAAUUACAAAUGGGUGUUAAAUAUAUAGAAUUUAUUUUACUUAUGAUAUCCACAGUUAUACAAGAAGGCUUCCGUUAAAAUGCAAGCUUCUAGUCAAUUGUUACAUCAUUAUCAAACUUGGUAAACAUAACUUUCAUAAUGCCUUUUUUAAUAUCGGUGCUCUUCAAAUAAUAAUAUGCACAUUUUUUUGUAAAAGUUGUAUGGAGGGGGUCGACUUGUUAUUUUAAAUAAAAUGCUUCAUCUUAGGUAUUUGCAGCUGAAAUUUAAGGACACUUGUUUUUUAAAAAAAGGUAUGUUCGUUAUCCAAACUAUACUACUCACUGCUAUAAAGCAUUAAUGAUUAAGUCCUCUUGAAGCCCAGGGCCCAAAUAGUAAAAAAUUAAACAGCAACAUUUAUUAGCUAGUUCCUUUAAAUUGUAAUGGGAUGAAUUUGAAAAAUUAACUUGAAUAUUUUUAUUUGAAUGAUUUUGUUAGUGUACCUAUCUUAGGGAUAACUAAAUCACCCUAUUUUAUGGAGAUUCUUGAUGUAUGAUUAAAUGUCAAAACUUCAGCAAAAAGUGUCCUACAUUGAAUUUUGCUAUAUUAUUAAACCAAAUUUAAAUGAUGUGCUCUUUAUAUCUAGAGUCUGUGUUAGUUUUAAAAUAAUAUAAUAUAGGACCCCGUACACCGACUAAAAAUGGAAAUUGUGGAAUUGAUUUGAGUGAAAAAUAACUCCAAAUUUCUAGAAAAUGUUCACUCGACAUGCCAUAAAAACGUUAUUUAUAUUUGUUCCUGUGGAAAAAAGUGAAAAGAAUCUUGAAGGCAUUUAUUUUACACUAGGUCCACUCAUCACGUUUUUCCUUGAACCCAAAAUAAAGCAUUAAAUCAUGAAAACUGUUUCAGUAAAAAUAAUUUUAACACAUUUUUCAAUAUUAAUCUUUUUUUUUCAGAGAUGAUGCAGUGAAAGGUGAUAUGACGAUGUAAUGAUCUCUGCACAAUAUGUCAAUCGCUACAGAACUUAUUCAUCAUCAAGCAGAUGUAAAUACAAAGGACAACGACGGAUGGACGCCCUUGAUGAUUGCAUCUGAACUGGGAAAUCAUGAGCAGGUUGAACUUUUACUUAAAUCUAAUGCAGAGGUCGAUGUGAAAAAUAAGAUCGGGUGGACUGCAUUGGCGAUAGCAUCGCAAUAUGGUCAUGAUGACGUCAUAAAGAAGCUACUUGACAAUGGAGCGAACGUCAAUGAGAAAAUCAUUGAUGGGUGGACGAAUCUCAUGAUAGCUUUACUCAACAAAAGAACUUCAUCUGCUCAAACUCUUAUUUCACGUGGAGCUAAUGUCAAUGAAAAAAAUCUGUAUUUAUCGACAGCUUUAAUUAUUGCGGCAGAAAAUGGACUUGGACAGAUUUCGGAACUACUUGUUGGACAGGGGGCAAAAGUAAACAAGAAAAAUGUAUUUGGUUGGACAGCUUUGAUGAAAGCUUCACAGAAUGGUCAUUCCGAUAUCGUUCAAUUCCUUGUCAAAAAUGGAGCAAUAGUUGAUGCUAAAAAUGUUGAUGACCUUACGGCGUUAAUGAUUGCCUCUCGGAAUGGUCAUUUGAAUGCAGUUCAAGUACUUGUAGAUCAUGGAGCAGAUGUGAAGGAAAGAAAUAGAAUCGGUUUGACAGCUUUAGUUGUAGCUUCUCAUUUUGGACAUACCAAUGUUGUAGAGUUUAUGAUUAAUCAAGACAAAAAUGACACUGAGCAACAGAAGACUUUGUCAUGUGCUUUGAUCUUUGCAUUAAGAAACAGACAUUUAAACACUGUUCAUUUAUUAAUUCAUAGAGGUGCCAGUGUUAAUUGUGUACAGAGAACAGGAAUCUCCGCACUGCUGAACGUGGUGAGAUCUGAGCUGACAGACGCUGGGGAGCUACAUACAGAAACAGAGACGAGCCACGUCUUGGUAAAAAAUGAAGGAUGCUGCAUGUAUCUACAUAGGUUUGAUAACGAGUUACUAGCUGCUGUACGUAGAAUACAUGAUAACGUUAUUUUGCAGGACACCAUCAUGGCUAUAAAUGCUUCAGAUGACAAAUUAAAGAGAAAAAAUAGUUUGUUGCAAAAUAAUGAAGGGUUAGUAUUCAUUUUAUUUACUGAAACUUAAGUUAGUCUUAAUUUAAUCACAGAAAAAAAUAAGGGCAACAACUGUAAAAUUUUUAAAAUGUGCAUAAGCAUUAAGUAUCGCUUUCGCUCUUAUCAAAUUUCUUUUUUUUUUGAGUUAUAGAAGAGUAGCUCACUUUCUUUCUCCUUAAAUUAUAAUAAAAGUCAUAUGAAUUAAAAGUACUGGAAUACAUCAUAUGAAAUGGCAUAUUUAUAAUUUAAAUUCUGUAUUUAAAGUCAAUACAGUAAUUAUAGGUUACCUCACAAAUUCAAAGACCUGAUCUUUCCCUCGGAUUUUAAAGUAGGUCAAACUAUUAAUAGAAAACCCCAACAAAUUUGAUUUUAGACAAUAAAAUGCCCAAAGAAAUAAAUAACGUUCAGAAUGCAUUUCAUAAGACUGUAAGACAAACUUAUUUUUAUGGUAGCUUAUUCAAUUCCCUCCAAAAUUCUGCUUUUGUAUUCCAAAUUAGUUGAUUGGUCUUAUUUUUUACCCAGUGUUGGCCUCCUCCUAGGAUACGCUUACUAACUAGACUACCAAUUAUACUAAACACUCAAAAGUUGUACGAGUUAAUUAUUAAAACUAAAUAUAAUCUAACUUAAUGCUCGUCAUGGUCAUACGAAUACAGUUUUUUUUUUAAAAUAUAAACUAAAAUUUUCUUUAUUAAAAUUUUAUGACAGAAAUUAUAUUAUAAUCAUUUAUGUAUACAGCCAAGCCUGUUCAAAUCAAGAGAUCAACAUUCACCAUCACCAUUAUCACAUAAAGGAUGUGACUUAUUUGGCUACUGAUGGAGGCAAAAUCAAGGUAGCGGGUGCAACCAGCAUCCACCAACAGCAGAAGAGAAUCCAACGGUUCAUUCAAAGAAGCUCGACUAAAACAGCCGAGUACAUUAGGAAGCAGCUGUAUGUUUAAAAGAAAGGUGACAAAUAAUAACUCUAUAUUAAAUUUAAAUAGAAUUUUUAAAAAUUAAAUUUUGAAUGGAUCACCAAUCAUUUUAAUUCUUUAUGAGGGAAGUGUGUGUUCGUUGUCGGUUGCAGGAAGGAAUGUUAAAAUAUAUCAGAUCUGUGACUUAAGCUAACGUACACAAGAAAAGAUAAAUGUAGAUGCGAAAAUAAACAACGUAAAUUUUAAUUUGAUAUUGUUUGAAGUCAUGUGUAUUACAUGAAUUUAAAUUUAAUUACGCAAUAUUAACAAAGCAAUGGAACAACAAAUACAAUAAAAGACACUAAAAAAACCCAGAUUUUUUGGGGCUUUCCUGACAAAUUAUGUAAUUAUGAAUUUUUAAUUGUAAUACUAAGCCGAUAAUUUAAAAUAAUAAGAAGAAUAUCAUAACAUUCAAAUUCCCUUAAUAUACUUAAAAUAUUUUUUAAUUGUCAUUUUAAGGGUAAUAUAUAUAUAUAUAUAUCAUCAUCAUGUCCCUUAGUCCUUGGACCGUUGGGGCGCCACAGAUGACAUGUGAACGAUCCUCCUCCAUUCCCUCGUCUUCAGCACUAUGCACUAUAUUGCCCAGUGUUAGUCCUGUCCACUCUUUGAUGUUAUCCUACCAUCUUUUUCUUUGCCUUCCUCUUAUUCUCCCAGAUGCCAAAAAUUUAUAUAUAUUCUAAAACACUUCUGAGUGGGUUGCAUUGGCUGCCGGUUUGUGCUCGCAUAGAGUACAAAAUUGCAACUCUGUGCUACCGCUGCUUGCAUGACCUGGUACUGUCCUAGGAUGGGUGGAUGGGUAGAUGGAUAGAGAGAGAGAGAGAGAGGCAGGCAGGCAGGCAGGCAGGCAGGCAGACAGGUAGAUGAAUAUAUAGAUAGGUAGAUGAAUAUAUAGAUAGGUAGAUGAAUAGAUAGGUAGAUAGAUAGGUAGAUAGAUAUGUGGAUAGGUAGAUAGAUGGAUGGAUGGAUUGAUCGAUGGUUGUAUGGAUGGAUGGAUUGACGGACAGGUGGGCGGAUGGAUGGAUGGAUGGAUUGGAUGAAUGGAUGAUAGACAGAACUCUUAUUUGAAUAGUUGCUCCUAUACCAUUCAUAAAACUUUUGUGAGUUGUUGCGCAUGCGCCCGUAAAUUUUUCUGAAUUACUAGAAUAAAUGAACCGAUGUUAUCGGAAUAAUAAUGGUAGAUCCUAUGCGUUAAUUUCUAACUGCUAUUGCAAAAACUCAUCACAAUUCAUAACUUUAAAAAUGUAAUGAUAUUUACGUUUCUAACAUCAUUACGUUUUGAGAAGUAUUUAUCUGAUAUAUAUUAUAGGCGUACCCUACUCCUUUUCAUGCUCCUAAACUACUUUUUUCCCCCUCUAAACAUGACCUUAAUAUGCACAGUCUAAAUUAUUACUAAUUAUAUCACUUUUGUCACUAAAGAAGUUAAUUGAGGGACAAUUGCUACGUUAGAGAAAUACUUUAGAUUUACCCCUUUUCGUGCCCUUGAAUUACAACUUAUGUUCUCUAAAAAUUGUUAAAACACUUGCCUUAAAUUUACACCAAAAACUCUAUAUUUAUUUAUUUAUUUAUUUAGGCAUUUUUGUUUAGCGCUUACCUUACAGCUCUAAGCGCUUUACAAUUAUUAAAAAUAUGUAAACUAUAAAUUGCUAAAGUAAAAUAAAAAUGAAAAACCAGAGACAUUAGAAUAGUAACAACCAUGUGAAAAAUAAUAAUAUUUUAUAUUAUAGGAAUUCGAUAUAUAUUGAUAUCUUCAGCAAAAAUUUAAACAUAUUUUUUGCCUUUGUUAAAAAAAAUUAUAUAUUAUCAGAAAAUCGUAAAACAAUUUUUUUAUCUAAAGAAGGAUCGCACAACCCUUUUUCACGUCUAGAACAGAUUUUAGUGCUGUUGCUUUUUAUGUUAAUCUCAUCAAAUACAAAUCUCUUUACUUUUUGCAAAAUAAAAACAAAAAUAUAUUUUAAUUUUUUGAAAGUAAAUAUUAACCCAUCUCUAUUUUUCAAAAUUAAUUUUUCAAAUGUGUAAAAUGAUUGGGUUUUGAUAUUCAUGAUUAUAAUUAUAUAAAUGUACCCAAGAUUUGUUAAUGCCAUUGAUCUUCUUAUUUGGUAAACAUACGUAUAUUUGUAAAAAAGAGAGAAUAACAUCUCUUUUUUCACAUAUGUAAUACCAUAAGAGUUAACUAUAUUGUCAUCAAUGUAAAAAUGUACACAUCCUAUUCCCUACCUCCGAAAUGUUUGUCGUCAAGAAGGUUAAUUAUUUAUCAAAUUAAUUCCUUUAUUUUGAGACGUAUCCUUGUGCUGCCUGGGGCAAAGUAACUAACCCCUAACCCACCCAGGUUUAAAUAAAUUUAGAAAAAUGUUCUACCCGAUUAUUUUAUUUGAAUUGAUUUGAUAUUUAUAUCGCGCUGCUAUCCAUGCCACUUUAGCUUGCUCACUGCGCUCUGAUCCUCCGAAAUCUAUUGAAAUAAAAAAGUUUUUAAUCUUUUCUUAAACGAUUUUUUAUCAUUUACAAUUCCCCUCAAAGAUUUAGGUAAACUGUUCCAUAAUUUUGGCGCUAUCGUUUCAAAAGAACGCACUACGUAAGACUUUUUUCUGUGUUUAUCCACUCUAGCAACACUCAGUAAGUACUGUAUUGAAGACCGCAGGCUCUUUAGAGGUACAUGUUUAUAAAUCAGUUCCUUGAGAUAUUCUGGUGCUGAGCCAUCUAUGCAGCUGUACGCCAGGGACAGAAUUUUGUAAACAAUGUAGUCCCUUCCCUACCCAAACUAAAAUAAUUUGCACUUCAUAUGGUUCAUUCUUUUUUGCUUUAGUUAUAGGUGGAUUAGUCAAUGCUAUUUGGCUAUGGAGUUGCGCUCCACUGUUUGGAGUUGCGCUCCACUGUUUUACUUAAACCGCAUUUUCUUAUUAGAAUUAUAUUAUAGGUUAUAUUAUGUUAUAAUUUUAAUAAAUGUAUAGUUUAUUAACAAUUUUAAAAGCAAUCAAUUGUAUUUAUUAAUUUUACUUCUAAGAGGGGAAAAUACAUUAUCAGUUUUGUCACGGGCGAUUAUUAAAGUUAAAGAAACCUAAGAGUUUUGUAGAAAUAAGCUAUUCGCGCUAUAACAUCAUUAGUGUGAUUAUUUAGAACAAAUUAAUUUCAAAUAUUACUUGGCAAUGUUAACAACGCACUAAAAGACGCACUAAAAACUACUGAUGUUUGGGUUUUCCCGAUAAAUGUGAUUACUGUGUAAUUCUUUGAACAAGUUUUUUAUUAUUUUUUUUUUUUCAUAACUUUUAAGCACAUUAAAAAAAUGCUUAAAAUAGUUCCUUAGUUGAUAAUUUUAAUGUAUUUGUAAUUUAAAAUAAUAAUACUUAAAUGUUUACUAAAAUAAAAGCGGAUUUAAAAAAUUGUUUGCGCAUUGAAAUUUUUUCGAUUUCAGUAAAAUAAUAGAAAAUAAUUAUGAUUGUUUUUAGGAAUCCGAACGUACUUAAAUCAUAUCUCCCUUUUGGCGUUAUGUGACUCUAGCUCAUUGUUAUAUAUAUUACAUAAAUUUUACAAUAUUCCUUUUUGUACCCAAGUGCCCUGAAUUAUUUUUUUUCUGUCAUACCAUCAUGAGCUAAUUAUAAUUUUGGUAUUCUUUCCUAUACCAUUCAUCCGAUUGAGAUAAAAGUUUGGUAAAUUGUUGUGUGAAAGCCCGCUAAUUAUUUUUUCUAUUAGGAGCUAUACACAGAUAAUUUCAAACAAAGCUAUGGGUGAAUGGAAAUGAAUAAAAUACACACAAUAUUUCAGUUUGUGUGACAUAAUAAUUAGGUUUCUAAAUUAGUACAACUAUUUUACAAUAUGGUCUUUGGGGCCGGGGGCUUUAUUUUUUUAAAUUUUUAUGUGAGCUACAUAUAUAUAUAUAUAUAUAAUUUCAAACAGAGAUGCUUCAUGGGUGGGUCAAUUGCUACAAUUGUGUGGACUAAAUUUUGAAAAUCCAUGCUUCUCACGUGGACAGCUGUUUGUUGCCUGUUCAAGCGUCGAAAAACCUUCUAAUAUAUUUUUGUACCCACCAGACGAAAAAGACAAACAAAAUAUUUUAUAUUUAAAAAUUACUUCAAACUGUAAUUACAAAUCAAACACUUGUUUUCUUUAAAUGUCAUUGCAUCGCAUGGCGGGUUCUCGCUAGUAUUUAAUAUAGUUCAUUUGCGUGAAAUAAAGUAGCAUGGGGGAAAGUGUGUAGCAAAAAUUGGGAUUCUUAAAUCUGCGUUACUUGAGGUCGCGUUUUGUCAAGUAACUUUAGUAUAUGGGAAGUUCACGCAUUGUUGUGUCCAAUGAUUGGCGGGCUAUAUCUAGUAUAUAUUUAAUACAUUUAUUAUAUGCAAAAACGUUUACCGAAUCUUUCCAUGGGAGUUGUCCCACCAUCUCAAUGUUUUCAAAAACUUGACUCUUCUUUUCUUGAACAAAGCUUUAAAUAAAACAGACAUAUAUUUUUAUUUUAUUUUUAUGAACUAAAUACUAGUUAAAGUAUAUUCAUGUAUUUUCCAGAAAAAAAAUAAUGUUAUUUAAAAAUAAUUUAAAUAAAAUUCCUUAUUCUUUUUCUUAAACAAAACCAUUUGUUUCCAUUUUUACAUCUUGCCACGAAUCCCUCUAUUGUUUACCUUAAGCGUAAACAUUUCCGCCAUACUCUCUUGUAGGCCUGCCAAGGUGGAUUUUUUUGUUUUUUCAUUUAUGAAGCCAUUUAAGAUCGCUUUGGCUUUGGCGGAAACGUUGACCAUCCGUGUGCCAUGUUGUUGUUUAUUGAGUGUCCUAGUUGUUUCUUGCAACCAGUUGAAGCGGUUGUUGAUCAUUCUUUCUACACGUUUGUCAAUACCAGUCUGUUUCUUUAAGCAUCAUCUGCAGGUUUUCCGUUUUUAAAUCCUUCAUAUUGAUUUCGCUUUUGUUUUUGGGUGGCUGGCAAAAAUCUUCGGAUGGCUAAUUGACCAAUUGAUCGAUUAUGACUUUUUUUAAAUUUAAGGGCCCCAAUUCACAAAUCAUCUCGUUGUAUAUUUUAUCUUGGCCUGGUGCUAUUCGAGAAUUCAAUUUCUUCAUAUUGAACUAAGACUGUGUAAAGAUUUCUUCCUAAAGGGCAAUACUUGCAUAGGGAGCUCUCUCUUUAUACUUUAGGUCUUCUAUAGGAUAGGUUACUGCAGUAGUCUGUGCCUAUUUAUUUCUCUUGGCUGACUUGAUGGCAACUUUCUCUUGGCUGUCUUGAUGGCAACUUUCUCUUGGCUGUCUUGAUGGCAACUUUCUCUUGGCUGACUUGAUGGCAACUUUCUCUUGGCUGUCUUGAUGGCAACUUUCUCUUGGCUGUCUUGAUGGCAACUUUCUCUUGGCUGUCUUGAUGGCAACUUUCUCUUGGCUGUCUUGAUGGCAACUUUCUCUUGGCUGUCUUUAUGGAAACUUUCUCUUGGCUGUCUUGAUGGCAACUUUCUCUUGGCUGACUUGAUGGCAACUUUCUCUUGGCUGUCUUGAUGGCAACUUUCUCUUGUCUGUCUUGAUGGCAACUUUCUCUUGGCUGUCUUGAUGGCACCUUUCUCUUGGCUGUCUUGAUGGCAACUUUCUCUUGGCUGUCUUGAUGGCAACUUUCUCUUGGCUGUCUUGAUGGCAACUUUCUCUUGGCUGUCUUGAUGGCAACUUUCUCUUGGCUGUCUUGAUGGCAACUUUCUCUUGGCUGUCUUGAUGGCAACUUUCUCUUGGCUGUCUUGAUGGCAACUUUCUCUUGGCUGUCUUGAUGGCAACUUUCUCUUGGCUGUCUUGAUGGCAACUUUCUCUUGGCUGUCUUGAUGGCAACUUUCUCUUGGCUGACUUGAUGGCAAAUUUCUCUUGGCUGUCUUGAUGGCAACUUUCUCCUGGCUGUCUUUAUGGCAACUUUCUUUUCGCUGUCUUGAUGGCAACUUUCUCUUCGCUGUCUUGAUGGCAACUUUCUCUUGGCUGUCUUGAUGGCAACUUUCUCUUGGCUGUCUUGAUUGCAACUUUCUCUUGGCUGUCUUUAUGGCAACUUUCUCUUGGCUGUCUUUAUGGCAACUUUCUCUUGGCUGACUUGAUGGCAACUUUCUCUUGGCUGUCUUGAUUGCAACUUUCUCUUGUCUGUCUUGAUGGCAACUUUCUCUUGGCUGUCUUGAUGGCACCUUUCUCUUGGCUGUCUUGAUGGCAAAUUUCUCUUGGCUGUCUUGAUGGCAACUUUCUCUUGGCUGUCUUGAUGGCAACUUUCUCUUGGCUGUCUUGAUGGCAACUUUCUCUUGGCUGUCUUGAUGGCAAUUUUCUCUUGGCUGUCUUGAUGGCAACUUUCUCUUGGCUGACUUGAUGGCAACUUUCUCUUGGCUGUCUUGAUGGCAACUUUCUCUUGGCUGACUUGAUGGCAACUUUCUUUUUCUUUUUACGGCCUCAAAUGUUUAUAGAACCUAAUGCAGCCUGUUAGGACACUGUGAAAAUGGAUAUGUGAUCGCUGCCUAUGCUGUCCAGAACCUCACAAGUAGUAAAUCUGAAAAGAGUAGGGAUAGGUCAGGUCUGCGAAGUGUGUGAUGAGUUCUGUGGACACUGUCUGUUCUGUAUAGUUUUGUAGACUUACGGAGUUUUUUUUUUUUAAUUUUAAGUUUAGUUAAGAUUUAGUAUCCCCAUGAAUGGGAAUGGCCACGAAAAUAACUGUCAAUCACAAGAGUUUUGUGUGCUCUCCAGGUGAGCAGAGUUGCAGUUAUAUGUUGUUGGGCUGUAUGUUUUGAAAACUGUAUUUUUUACCAAGUAUAUGUGUGAUCUGCUCUGUGGGGAUUGCCUUGUGUGAUCUGCUCUGUGGGGAUUGCCUAAACCUCGGCUUAACGGUCUUUUUUAUGUAACCGAUGAUGACCCGACAGUCACUGCAUUUGAAAGUGUGAUGAGUACACACUGUGAUGUGUGAGUCUCUGUUUAGUGUAAAGAUUCUUGUAGUUGUAGUGUAUGUUCUUGUUUCAUGUGCAUGAUGUGAGAGAUAUCUACUUUUGUAUAUAAAGCAAAUGUUAAUUUUAACUUGAAAUAUGAUCCCAAGUUAAAAGAUAUUUUAUAGUUUCAAUUCUAUUCAUAUUCCGUAAAAUUACAAUUUAUAAAUAAUUUCAGCAUUUAUUACACUACUUAUAACUUCUACAAUUUAUGUGUAUCCCACUUCAUCACAGCUAUUUAAAUGUUAAACUCAAAAACAUUUGAUUAUAAUUAUAUAUUUCAUUUUAUACCAUUUCAGAUCAAGUUACAAUCACUGAAAAUCAUUGAUGCAGCUGAUCUAUCUAAAUCUAAGUUGACAAUACAAAUGUGCAUGUUUAAAAUACUUGCAAAGUCCUGGCAUCGAAGGAAACUUUUUCACAAUUACAAUACGGCUAUUUCGAAAUGGACGACAGACACUUUCAACCCAUUUUUACAAUAGACAUCGAAAUGUGUGAUGAAGUUUCUGGAAAUUUUGAAAAUAUCUCAAGAUAUGAUACAGAGAAGAAAGAGCCAGUGCUAUUUGAAGAGAGUGAAAAUCUUUUUGUCAUUGAAAGGAAAUGCAAUGGUCAGACAUCUCUUAUGAAUGCUGCCUUUAAUGGUAAUUCAGAUUUAGUUAUUGAGCUAAUAGAAAAGGGAGCUAAUAUUCAGGAAAAUGACUUUAUUGGCAGAACAUCGCUGUGUUACGCAGCUUAUAACGGUCAUCCGCAUGUAGCCAUUUUGCUGUUAGAAAAGGGAGCAAAUAUUCAUGAAAAAGACCAUUUUGGCAGAACACCGUUGAUGUACGCAUCAUACAAUGGACAUUUAGAUGUUUCUAUUGUGCUACUAGAAAAUGGAGCAAAUGUUAAUGACAUAGACAGCAAUGGACGGUCAUCGUUGAUGUAUGCGUCAGCUACUGGACAACAAAAAAAUUGCAAAUUACUUCUUGAAAAUGGUAUAGAUGUAAAUGGUACUGACAACGAAGGCUGGACAGCACUGACAAUAGCCUUACAAUUCAACAAGAUAGAAACAGCAAAACUGUUAUUUCAUUAUGGGGCUAGUGUCAACCACAAGUUUAAAAAUGGCUUAACUCCCUUGAUGUACUUUACAGUAAGUAAUCAAAAGGAAAGCGUAAUUUGGCUUUUAGAAACAAGGGCAGCAACUCAAGAAACAACCAGCGAAAUAAAAAAAGCUUCAAUAUCAGAAAAAAAUAAUAGCCAACACGAUGAUAACUUGCAAAUACUUAUAGAAAGUGGGGCAUGUGUCAAUGUCACAGACGAUGAUGGUUGGACAGCUUUGAUGUACGCAUCUCAAGAUGGUCACACAGACAUAGCGUCUUUUUUAAUAAACAGUGGAAGUAACAUCAAUCACAAAGAAAAUGAAGGAUGGAGCUCUCUAAUGAUAUCUGUACUGAAUGGUCACACAGAUAUUGUCAAGUUACUUAUUGAACAUGGAGCUGACGUUAAUGGAUGUGAUAACGAUGGCCUGACUGCAUUGAUGAUUGCAUCACAGUUUGACAAACACGAUAUCGUAAAAUUUGAGAGAGAUGCAAAUGUUAAUGAACAAGAAAAUUCAGAUUGUUCAGCAGGGAACGUUACAUCUCAGGUUUAUCUUAGGCAACUUGUUCUCUUAUUAAUUGAGAAAGGUGCAAAUGUUAACGACAAAGACAAUUUAGGUUGCACUGCUUUGAUGUUUGCAUCUCAGCGUGGCAAUUAUGACAUUGUUGCAUUGCUAAUUGAGAAUGGUGCAAAUGUAAAUUGUCAAGACAAGUCAGGAUUCAGUGCACUAAUGCUAGCAUCACAAUAUGGAUAUACACAAAAUGCUCGUUUAAUUAUUGAUUCUGGAGCUGAUAUCAAUGCCACAGAUAAUGUCAACUGGACAUCACUUAUGUUUUCUGCACAGAAUGGACAUACUGAGAUAAUUGCAUUACUCAUUGACAAAGGAGCCGACAUUAUGAAAUCAAAUAGUAAUGGAAGGACUGCCCUGAUGAUAGCAGCAGACCAUGAACACAAUGAGAUCAUUAAUCUGCUGAUAGAAAGGGGAAGUAAUGUCAACACAAAAGACAAAGAUGGCAGAUCUCCUUUAAUGUUUGCGAUGAAAAAACUACAAACUCAUCUUAACGCAUAUGUUUCUGAAAAGUAUUAUGUGAUAAGGAAUGACGACACAAAGACUCCGAUCAAUGAUUUACAAACUGACUUCGAAGAAGAGGCUCAUAACCACUGGCAAGGGAAGGGCAGUGAUCAUGAACAUCAUGAUGUUGAAAUUAACGAUCUAAUCAUAGCAGCAGGAAUUAGUACUAAAGAUGUCAUGGAUAUAAUCAUAAAUAAGAAGGUUCAUGUCAACUCUCAAGACUCAUGUGGUCGGACAGCCUUGAUGGUGGCAUCACGAGAAGGGCACAUCAACACGGCCUACAUGCUGCUUAUAUAUGGUGCAGACAUACAUAUAAAGGACGAAAAUGGGAUGACUGCUUUGUUGUUUGCAUCCAGGGAAAAUAAAACACGAAUUGUGUCUUUAAUGAUUCAAAAGGGUGUCAAUGUCAAUGAAAGAGACAAUGAUGGUUGGACAGCUUUGAUGUUCGCAUCUCAAAAUGGUCACAGAGAUAUUGCGUCUUUGUUAGUAAACAGUGGCUGUAACAUCAAUCACAAAGAAAAUGAAGGAUGGAGCUCUCUAAUUAUAUCUGUACUCAAUGGUCACACAGAUAUUGUCAAGUUACUUAUUGAACAUGGAGCUGACGUUAAUGAAUAUGAUAACGAUGGCCUGACUGCACUGAUGAUUGCAUCACAGAUUUACAAACACGAUAUCGUAAAAAUUGAGAAAGAUGCCAAUGUCAAUGAACAAGACCCUUCAGAUUGUGCAGCAGAGACCGUUGCAUCUCAGGGUGAUCUUAGGAAACUUGUUUUACUGUUAAUUGAGAAAGGUGCAAAUGUUAAUGACAAAGACAAUUCAGGUUGCACUGCUCUAAUGUUUGCAUCUCAGGCCGGCCAUUUUGAGAUUGUUGCAUUGUUAAUUGAGAAAGGUGCAAAUGUUAAUGACAAAGACACUUUAGGUUGCACUGCUCUAAUGUUUGCAUCUCAGAAUGACAAUUGUGACAUUGUUGCAUUGUUAAUUGAGAAAGGUGCAAAUGUUAAUGAAAAAGACAUGUCAGGUUGCACUGCUUUAAUGCUAGCAUCACAAAAUGGACAUACACAAUCUGUUAUUUUACUACUCAAUCAUGGAGCUAACAUUAAUACCACGGAUAACGACAACCGGACAGCACUCAUGUUUUCGGCGCAGAAUGGCCACACGGAAAAUCUUGGAAUAAUGCUUAGUUUUGGAGCCGACAUUUCUGUGAAAGAUAAUCUUGGACAUACAGCUCUUCUAUUCGCAACACGGCAUGGACAUUCUAAAACUGCAGCUUUGUUAACAAGUAGUAGAUCAAACUUAUAUUAUAAGAACAAAGAGGAUGAAAUAUCCAUUUUGACGGUAUCUACUCAAAGUUGUACAGAGACUUCCCAACCUUAAUGGAUAAUAUAUUUAAAUUUAAUUGUUCGAUGUUGAUGAUGACAUUAGAAGUAGGUCAAAGAAAAACCGCCAAAUUCCUAAUUAAUUACCUACUGGAUGUUCCCCUGGAGAACGACUGUGAUUUGACUCCGCUGACGAAUGCGUCAGCAAUGAGACAUUUGGAAACUAUCUCACUCUGGCUAGAGAAGCAAAGGAGCAAAUGUUAAUCAGAAAACGCUUACUGGCUGGACAGCGUUAAUGUCUUCAUCUGUUAAAGGCCAUACAGAAAUAGUCGCUUACUUGAUUGAACACGGAGCAAAUGUCAAUGAUGCGAAUAACAAAGCUUACACUGCUCUGAUUUGUGCUUCAGAAGGAGGUCAUGAUGCAGCUACUGAUGAGACAUGGAAGAUCAUUAAUCAGAAAACCAUCAAUAGUUGAACAGCUUUAAUGUUGGCAUUUGAUGGAGGCCUUUUGCUUUGUCAAAAUAUAAGGAAUGUUGAUGAGAAAAAUGGUCUCUGAUGGACUACCUUGAUGUGUACAUCAGAUGGAGGCCAUUGGGAAGUGGCCAGAUUUCUGUUGGAAAUAGGAGCUAAUGUUAAUGAGAAAAAUAAUAAUGGUGGAACUGCUCUCAUGUACGCAUCAUAAAAUGGAUAUACAGAAGUAGUGAUAAAACACAGUGCGAAUGUUAAUAUAAAAAAUGAUGACGGCGAAAGUCCGUUAUUCCUGGCGUCUAUGAAGGGACAAACAGCUUCACAUUGUUGAAAUACUUUUACAAACUGAGUAAAUCUCAGAGAGAAAAGUAACCACGGAGAAACUCCUCUGAAAACGGCAUCGAACUGGGGACACAUUAAUACUGUGGCGAUGCUCAUUCACAAAGGGGCUGAUUUUUAAUGAUAAAAGUAUAGAUGUUUUGGCUGCUUUGCAUCUUGAAUUGCGUCGUGGACACAGAGGUGUUGUCAAAUUUUUUAUGAGUAGCUGAGCAAAUGUUGACGCAAAAACUAAUCAAGGCAGAACUUGUUUAAUGGCCGCCGCUAAUGAAGGACAUCCAGAAACAGCUUAACUUCUGAUUGAAUUCCGAUUUGACGUAAAUGAAAAAAAUCAUAAGGGCUCGACUGCAUUAGUACUGACAUCGAGUAAUGGAUAUGCAGAAACAGUAGGAUUGCUCUUGGAUUACGGUGCAAUGGUCAAUGAAAUGAAUAAUGAUGGAUGCACUGCAUUAAUGUAUGCGGCAGACAGAGGUCACAUAGAAACGGUCGAAAUGCUUAUUGACAAGGGAGCUGACAUAAAUCGCGCAAGUUAUAAUGGAAGUACUCCAUUAAUGUAUGCAGCAUUAAGAGGUCACGUAGAUACAGUCAUGCUGUUGGUUGAAAAAGGAGCGGAUGUGAACAAGAAAAACAUUGAUGGAUCGACUGCACAUUGGCUUGCGUUGAAAACAGGUCACAAAGAUAUAGCCGCCUUGCUGCUUCAGUAUGGGGAUGACGUGCAUGUACAGCCUUUGUAGAUCUUCGUAUCUACACAUUGUCAUAGAAUAACAAUCGAUUUCACCCAGUACAGGUUGACAGCGGUGGUGACGUUGAUAAAAGCAAUCAUUAUCCUUGACAUGCUGCUGAAAUUUCGGCCUUGCAUGGCCACAAGCAUUGACGAACACGCAAUGUGGAGUAGCUUGAGUUUGUGACAUCUUUGGAGUUCCUUCACUUUUGCCAUUAGUAACUCAUGAAAAGCGCUAAAGGUACAGAACACAUAGUUAAAAUUAUUUGAACGGAAAGUAAACUAGCAGCACACUGUUAAGGAUUUGAAUCUAUAGUGUGAUUGCGUGUUGUUUGGAGAGUAUUUCAGGAGAUGUUGUUAUUAAAUGUUUGAUAUCUUGUGACAUAUUGCGCGAAAGGGAUAUAUGACGUAUUAUUAUUGUAGAGUGUGGUAUUGAAAGUAAUGGCAGUUGAAGGUGUAGCUUAGUUGUAUAGAAAAGAUAUUUUAUUGUAAGAAUAUGUAGCUUGUGUAGUGAAUAAAUUAAACUCGUAGACAGAACGAAGCCAUCGAACCCCUGGGAAGAAUCGGGUUGGUAACACACACAUAAAGGCCAAGUGGGGGGGGGGGACUUCUAUACUACGUGCAGUCCUGCUGAAUAUUAAAAAAAGACUAUCAAUGUUUUCAUGAGUGCUAACAUGCUUAGCCAUGAUACGUAAUCAUGCAUUUGUUACUUUCACUUAUGCAUGACUUCAUGCAAAGUUUACAACCUUGCCCAUGGACAUGAAUUGAUCUCUUCUAUAGAAUGAUAUCAUGUUACUUUCUUUGAAAAAGUGAGGGGGUAACCCAGGAGGACCAGACGACCAAAUGAAAAGAACGAUUGAGGAUG